AGACGGGCUGCUUUGCGCAUGCGUGGUGACGUCACCUGCCGGCGACUAGUAGGCCACUACUAGCUUUAGCUGCCUGCUGACGUGACGAGGUUUAAAGUCCAAACGUGUCACAAUGUUUCGAAGAAAACUCACCGCCUUAGACUAUCACAGUCCCGGUGGAUUCGACUGUACGGAUGAGUCCCAGUUCAGGAACUUUGUGGUGUGGCUGGAGGACCAGAAGAUUCGACACUAUAAGAUUGAAGACAGAGGCAACCUGCGAAACAUCCCCAGCUCGGACUGGCCCAAGGCCUACCAGAAGUACCUACAGGACGUUAACUGUCCGUUUGGAGUGGCCGAGAGAGCGGAGGCUGUGGACUGGCUGCUGGGCCUGGCGGUGCGAUAUGAAUAUGGAGACAAUGUCGACAAGUACAGAAACUGCCCACCAGCGGAACCCUCCAACGAAAGCAGGGCCACGUCAGACCCCCUCGUCAACCUCGACAGCGACUCGCCAGAUUUCAAAGCAGGUGUGCUCGCCCUGGCCAACAUCCUCAAGAUACAGCGGCACGACGACUACCUGGUGAUGCUCAAAGCCAUUCGUAUCCUCAUCCAAGAAAGACUUUCACCGGAGGCCAUCGCUAAAGCCAGCCAAAGCAGAGAGGGUGUCCCAGUAGCCUUAGACAAGCACACCUUGGGUUUUGAUACAGGGGAUGCCACGCUGAACGAAGCAGCUCAGAUCCUACGUUUGCUGCACAUCGAGGAGCUGAGGGACCUUCAGACCAGGAUAAACGAAGCCAUCGUAGCGGUCCAAGCAGUCAUUGCCGACCCAAAAACCGACCACAGGCUGGGCAAGGUCGGCAGAUGAAGACCAUGUGAAAGUUCUGUAGAGCUGGAGUUAUUAUUUCAAAGCCUGUGGUUGACAUUUUUCUUGUGUGUGAGACACUUUUUUUUUGCGGGGUGAACUUUGCUAGCUUCCAUUUUACAAAGACUUGGUUAAAAAUGUAUCCACUCAUUUGUUUUGAUGUAGAAAAUGGAAGCUUUUGACUUGUUUGCUUCUUGUUUCCCCCUUGUGUGUUUCCACAGAGCUGCAAAUGUAAAAAAAAAAAAAAAAAGAGAAAUAAACAGUCCAGUACCAAAACACAA